AUGAAUCGUUGUCAAAAAUUUGCAAGAUUGCUUCAGCUUUUGGGACAAUGUUCUGAAAGUAUUGUUUAUUAUGAUGAAAUUGCUUCUGUCGUGCAACGAAUUCGACAGAUUGAAUCAAUUAUGGCACCAAUUCAGUUUCAUCCGAAUCAAGUUUUCGAUGAAACCAAACAUAUUGUGGAUCCAAUUGCUAAAAAAUAUCUUGAGAAAGCGACUAAUGAUGUACAUCAUCUUAUUCCGGUCAAAGUUGCUGAUGACGGAAACUGUUUUUACCAUUCAAUUCUUCUAUUAAUGAAUAAUCCAACGGUGACGACGGAUGAAUUGCGCGUUCGAACAAUUAUCGAACUUAUGACAAAUGAAGCUUAUUAUGAUAGCAUGUAUUCACAAUUCAUCGGAUCUGUUGCAUUUAUUAUCAAGGCUAUGUGCAAAAAUAAUACAUUUUUAGAAUUGUAUGAAAUUAGUGCAUUAUGCAAUGCACUUAAAUGUAAUAUACGAAGUAUCUAUCCAAAAAUCGAUUUUCGAGAAGAUAUGACCAUUUUGAAUAACUCUCAUGUCUUGAAUGAAACAGCUGCACGAGCUGCAAAUAAUGGCGCAUGGAGUCCCAAUCAUUUUGUUCCUCUUCUAUCAUCAGCAACGCAUUACACAUCUGAAUAUGAAAAUAAAUCACCAACGUUUCCUAUUCCUGAAAAGAAAACGUUUAAGAAUAAUACUCCUACUCGAAUAUGA